GUAGAGCCCCGUUAUAGGGCCCAUAAGAAACGGCCUGCGCCUCCUAAUUAAACGUAACAAGCAGUCACCGUCUUCGUUGGUCCAUAGCAUCAGAGAGAAGUGAGCAUGGCUCGACUGGUUCGGCCUCUGAGGCAAUUGCCGCAGUUACAUCAACAUUACCACUGUUGCGCAACCUUAAUGCACUUCUUAUCCCCGCCAUCAAUUGUAUCCACGAAAGCAACCUCCCGUAGUCUCUCGUUUCCCAGCGUACUCUUCACUCGCCGAAGCAUCCAUCAACGCUCGCGCGGGCUCAGAUUACGCGAUAAUUCUCGGCAGACCAAUCCUGAAGAAGCUGAUGCUAGUGACUCUGGUGACGAGGAGAGGAAGAGCCGCAACCAGAAGAAGCGGGAUGCUAAGCGCGGGGUCCAGUGGGGCAUAGAUCUCGCUUCCUUCUCCACACCACAAAUCAAACGCAUCCUCAGUGCGGCUUCUCUUGAGCAAGAAGUGUUGGAUGCUAUAUUGCUAGUUAAGAGAUUAAGGCCUGAUGUACGUGAAGGAAAACGAAGGCAGUUCAAUUUAAUUGGGAAAUUACUACGAGAUGUAGAACCUGAAUUGAUGGACGGUUUAAUUCAGGCUACAAAAGAUGGCGACCUCAGUAGGCUGCAGGCUUUAUCCGGUACAAAGACAUAUAUUUCUGUAGAGGAUGAAGAAUAUGAAGAAAUUGAGGAUGUAGAGGAAGAGGAGGUUUCACAUGAAUAUACUGAUGUAGCUAGUAAAUGGCUAGAUGGCCUAAUCAGUAAGGAUGUCAACAUUACCAAUGAAGUUUAUUCAAUUCAAAACGUCGAUUUUGACCGUCAGGAGUUGCGUAAACUGGUCCGGAAAGUGCAUACUGUUCAGGAACACCUGGCCAUUGUUGUGGAGGAUGAGAGAGAGGCUGAUGCAGCUCUCUUAGGUGCCAAAAGGUCUCUGAACCGUUUCCUUUGUACACUAGCAAAAAAAAUGUCAUCGGUAGGAUCUUCUUAUAUUAUCCCGUAAUUAUAAUAUUUUAUAUACUCCUGAAACAUCGGAAAGCUCUCCCUGUCAAGAGUCAUAGCUCAUAACUUACAAUAGGCCUUUUUAGCACAGGGAAUGUCAUGGUUUCCCUCAUCAACUUUAUGAUAACAUGAUUUCAUGAUUGUAGCAAAUGAUGGAAGUGAUCCAAAAACUUCAUUUUUUUUAAUAAGAUGUGAACUUGGUUUCUGAGCCAGGAAAUUCAU